AUGAUCCUUCGACGCUCCCGAGGCCUCCUCGCUGAACUCGUGGGUGACCAUAUCCACCCAUUCCGCGUCAAUGUCACUGGCCUGCACUACGGGACCAGCGUGGCUGAUGUACGAGCCCUAUUCAAAGACUACAAGUCUAUUCCUCAAGUUGGUGGAGUUCAGCUGGCAGCGCCGACCUCCCGUGAUAAGGGAACUCCCUUCUUCACCGGCCGAGCUUGGGUUACCUUCGAGAACCCUGAGGAGGCUGUACACGCUUCCGAGGCUAUGAACGGACGCUUUGUACAUAGUGUCGAUGGUGGGUGGCGAAGAGGUGUUGAUUUGGAAAAUGAUAUGAUCCGUUUCAGAGAGGAGAAGUGGCCGCCAGUGCCGGAUGAAUAUCGCUUGCGUAAGGUGACAGCGUUGAAGGCUGUGGGAGGCCGGAAGUUCAAUCACUUCCCGGUCAUGACUCUGAACGAACAGAAGCAUCGUCGUCGAUGGAAGAUAGGCAAUUGGCCGAGGGCCCACAAGGCAUGA